GGGGUUGGAGCCCAACGCCGACAAAUGGGUGCCCAGAGAGGGCUGGGGAGGGGGCGACAGGCUAAAGGGGUACGCUCGGAGUCGUUCGUGAAGUGUGACUGUGACGAGGCUCAGACUCACGUUGGAGACCCCGCAAGCAGAUGUUUUUAUUAACAGAACGGAAACUAUAUUUCCCAGCAUUCUUAUGGUGAGAGAACUACAUUGUCAGAAAGCCUCUGCGAGGUUCAUCUGUAUUCCGCUUCCGCUUGCUGACGCGGAUCUCCGGGAAUAUGAGGAGCCGCUGGCUUUGGCGGCUCCUACGCCCUGACGGCAGUCGAGGUGGCUGGACUUCAACGCCCCGCGGGCGUCUGUCGCCCGCCCUGCGGAGAGGUUUCUUGACAACCAUAACUAAGGCAAGUUAUGACAGGAGGCCAGUGGACAUAACUCCUCUAGAACAACGAAAAUUAACUUUUGAUACCCACGCGCUGGUGCAGGACUUGGAAACUCACGGGUUUGACAAGACGCAGGCGCAGACGAUUGUGUCGGUCCUAAGUACGCUAUCGAAUGUCAGCCUGGACACCAUCUAUAAGGAGAUGGUGACUAAAGCCCAGCAGGAAAUCACAGUCCAGCAGCUGAUGGCUCACUUGGAUUCCAUCAGGAAAGACAUGGUCAUCCUAGAGAAGAGUGAAUUCGCGAAUCUGAGAGCAGAGAAUGAGAAAAUGAAAAUUGAAUUAGAUCAAGUUAAGCAGCAGCUGACCCAUGAAACCAGUCGGAUCAGAGCAGACAAUAAGCUGGACAUCAACCUGGAAAGGAGCCGAGUAACAGACAUGUUCACAGAUCAAGAAAAGCAACUUAUGGAAGCAACCAAUGAAUUUACCAAAAAGGUAAGUCUGUCAGAAAGGAAGUGCUGCUGACAGUUUUUGGAUCUGUUGGUUCCUAUGUGUCUGGAUAACUAUUCCAGGAGAGAAGAAAAAGGAGCAAAAUACUCUUUACUGAUUGAUACCCUGCUUUGCUUGAAGUUUCAAGAUUGAAGUUUAUCAGGCAACUGGGCAAUUCAGUUAGAGAAAAGGGUGUCUGGCUCUUGAGAAAAUAAACCCAAGAACAAAGUGGUAAAAUUAAUUGGGUAAAUUUUUGGGGGAAAAAAUCAUUUUAUAGUUUGAAUGGCAUUAGAAAGAUCACUGAAGUAGAUGCAGGCUGUUAAAAAAAACAUAGCAGAAAGGAGUGGAGGGUCCGGAAACAUCUCACCCCAAACCGACUGAGCACACAGAUACCAUCCCAAAAUUAGAUUGUCUCCUUUUGAGCUCCACAGCUUCAAUCUGACUGAAGAUUUCACGGCCCCGUGUAAUAGGAGAAUGUACUGGUUACGUAUUACUUGUCUUUCUCCUUUUUCAUAAAAGCAAUGUGUUUUUAUUUAAAUUAUCCAUAUAAUUCAAGAGCAGUGAAAAUUCCCUCACCUUCUUUAUUUACUAUUUGCAGUUUAUCUCUUGUCUGCUAUAUACAAGUUAUAUAUCUACUUAUAAAAAGGAAUUAUACAUUAUAAUUAACUCUGUGUGUUCAAAUGUAACUAAAUGUCUUAAGUAUAUUUUAACAUUAACACACAUCUUUUUAUUACAAAAGAUAGUAUUCUGUUGUUCAAAAUGUUAUAAUUCCCCCAACAACGUUGCUUUCAAUUCUCUGUCCUGAAGAGCCCUGCCAGUCUGCACAUCCGUGCACGUGCGUGCUUUCUGAGGACACACGCUGCUAUACCCUUGUUGCUAUGCGCUUAAAAACUUGGAGUCAGAAGAUACAACUGUUUUAAAUGUGUGCAUUAACAAAAUACUAUAAAAACCCUGAUCAUAGUGGUUUUCCAGCCAGCCCCUGUCUGUGGUGAUGUGACCAGUUAGAGGAUGGAGUCAGCCCUCAGCUGAUGCUUCUUUCUCUUUCUUUCUUUCUUUCUUUCUUUCUUUCUUUCUUUCUUUCUUUCUUUCUUUCUAAUUUUUUAAAAUUAAAAAAAUUAAAUUUUAAAAAGCUGCUUCUUUCUUCUUAAUUUUUUAAAUUUUAUUUUAUUUUGUGUGCACUUGUAUUUUGCCAUGAGUGUCAGGUCCCCUGGAACUGGAGUUACAGACAAUUUUGAGCUGCGAUGUGGGUGUUGGGAAUUGAAUCUGGGUCCUCUGGAAGAGCAGUCAGUGCUCUUAACGACUGAGUUAUCUAUCUGUCCAGCCCAGCACCUUCUUUCUUAACUAUGACAGCUCUUGUUUUUUAUCUCCUUAACAUUAGGUUCCUUCUUAAAAUUCAGAUUAAAAAAAUAGUUCUAAGACAGCAGUAGUGGCACUCGGGAGGCAGAGGCAGGCGUAUCUCUGUGAGUUCGAGGCCAGCCUGGCCUAAAAGAAUGAGUUCCAGGACAACCAGGGCUGUUACGCAGAGAAACCCUGUCUCCAAAAACCAAUAAGAAUAAUAAUAAUUCUAAAGCUAGGCUUUGAAGACCCCUACUCUAGAAAAAUCUGUAAAAGCGAAGGCCUUGAGCUUAACUGUAAUGCUAAUCACUCUGGGAUGCUCACUCUCUUCUAAAAUCAGUACCCAAGUAACAAAGGAAUGGUUUCGAAUUGGAGCUGGCAUUUUCCAGUAUUCUCUAGCAUAUUUACUUACAAAAUACCACAGUUAAAAACAAAUCCCCUUUACCCUCCAAGUUGAAGAUGGUGACAUUUUCUAAAAAGCUUUCAUUUAGCAGUUUACAUCUCCAGGGUAAAUCUAAUAGGCUUAGUGGUAGCAAAAGAGUAAAGCAAAUUAGCGAUUGUUUUAAAAAAGAUUUUUCUGGGUCUAGAGAGAAGGCUCAGUGGUUAAGGGCAUUGGUUGUUAUUUUCAAGGACAAGGGUUGAUUCCCAGUACCCACAUGGUGGCUCACAACCUUCUGUAACUCCAGUCCCAGGGGAUGCUGUGUUCUUUUCUGGUCUCAAUAGGCACAAGUCACACACAUGGUUCACAGCCAUACAUGUAAAAUACACAUACACACAAAAAUAAAGACUUUCCUGGUCAUUCUUCUUUUGUUUUCUUCACUGAGGAUUUGAAAUCAGUAAUACUGAGGCAUUUUCUCCUUCCUUCUUUAAAUAUGUCUUAGUACUGUUGUUACUGGCAAGCAUUUUAGGAAGCCACAAUUACGUAUUUUUAAAUAAGUAGGAAGAUACAGCCUAAGUGGACCUACUUUCCCUAGAAUACCUGAGAUGUUGCUAAUAAGACAAUAAGGUCCCAUUUACUGAAGAUUCACAAACACUGUAGGAUUUGGCUGUCAAUUUGCCCAAAACUUCUAGGCUUAGCCUCCCAAGUAUCUGGAAGUAUGGGGCACAAGUCUGUGCCCAGAAACCUCAACCUUGACUGAGAAAAUACCUCCAUAAGGUCAGCCACGCCUGUGGGGAAUUUUUUUUUUUUUGGUGGUCAAGAUCCAUUUCAGAAAGACUUUAUUAUAACUGCAUUCUAUAAUGACAAAUAUUAAUUAUUGUGUGGUAGGCAUGGGACUCCCUGGCAUGAUGGCAGUGUGAGGACUGGUCCAGGACAUUCACCUUCCCUAUGUAAAUUUAAACUAAAGUGCCAGUCCUUGAAGGGAAGUCUUGGGCAGGCUAUCAGCAGUGCGGGUGAAUUCCUUAAGAUACGUUGUGUAGAAUAGCCCCAUCGUGUACACUCUUGGAGUUGGAUUCUAUAGAACCUUAAGAGAAACCCUGACUAUGUAAUCAGACUCAUGAAGAUGAGCUAAGCUAAGAAUUGGCCCAUAAAUCUGUUCGCAUAUUUUGAUGUUUGAUGUGAGAGGGCUCAGGCCACUGUGGGUGGUGCCACUGACCUCUGGGCAGGCUGAAGGCAGGCCGAGUAUGCCAGUGAGCAAGCUGGUUCUGCUUCAGUUCCUGCUCCAUGUCCUGACCUCCCUCAGUGAUGGAGUGUGACCUCAGAGUGUAAGAUAACAUAGACCCUUUCCUCCCCAGGCUGCUUAGCUACAGUGUUUAUCACAGCAGUAGAAACCCUAAGACACAAUGCUAGCAACUUUGAAGUACUGCUCACAUAACUGUAUUUUAAAAUUAUUUUUAUUUUUACUCUCUGCAAUACAGGAGGCUAUUGAUAUAAAUCUUGCCUUACAAAUGCCUUUUAUCCUUAGUUUAGUUUUCUAGGGAAUAAAGAACAUGGGCUAUAAAUCUGAUUUUGUUUCUGUUUAUUUAAUUAUUAUUUUACGACCCGAAAUUAAUUAAACUAUAACUUGUAACAUAGCUUCUUUUCUU